GCAUUCAAUGAACGCGCGGUAACACAGCCGUAUCACCAACCCUCGGCAGGCGCGACCAUGCAGGAAGGGAGGCCUGAUCUGAACGCCGUUGCGGAAUUUCCUCGAUGCGUGAAGCGUAUUGUUUGUCACUUCAAUAGCUUGCGGGCGACCAGUGACGGUGAGGGAGCACGACCGAACGGUGGUGCGAGCGGGGCGGACUUUCUUGACAUUGAAGACGACGAUGGUGACGACGAAGAAGAAGACGAGGCUGUCGUCAAGGAAGUAGCCGCCAGUGGGAACAAAAGCAAGCUUCCAAAGGUCGUGGGAAAGCGAAGGGGAAGGAUAAGGAAGGUGAUAGAAACGGAGAAGGACUCGGGACUGCAAUCGUACUUCCUCAUGAGCACGAAAGCACGGAAGGAGAAAGGGUACAGGUUCAAUCUAGACCGCACUUUGUAUGACGCGAUCCACAUCAUGCAGGGGAACAACCAGACCGUUCACCCGCCGAAUCUCGUGGACAUAGGCAACAGACAAGGACAACAAUCACAACAAGGAGACCACAGCCAACUAAGCCAAGCGGCCGUGGACGGGGGGGAAGCAGACACUUCGGCAAGCGAGAAUAAGGAAGCGGAUGCGGGUGACGGGUGUGGCAGCAGGUCGUCUUCGAACGGCAUGCAGGGCAAGCGGAAGAAUGCCAGGCAGCUGGCUUUCGAGGCGGUGACGGAUAUGAUGAAAACGCACUUCACCGUAGUCGCGGAGUCUGUGGACCGCGCGAGCAAGCGGCAGUUCGACACCGCGACGCACUCCAGAGGCGGGUCCAUCUCACCAAUCAACCCUCCGGGCAUGAAGACGUCCGCGAAUUUUGCGUCAGGGUGCGGCGGAUGGCGGCGGUGCUCAUCAAUGGACAUCCAGGUGGCACUUAGAGGCCGUGUCCUCGGUCGAACGAUAACAUUCUACGAGAUGAGGCAUCGUCGCAGAGAGGAGGACGGUAGGGUGUUUGAUUUCGCGAGCGCAAUCAAUCGACGCGAAGUGCGGCAUUACGAGGUGGACGCGAACGGAGAUACAAUUCUCCACGUAAGCAUCGCUUUGGGAUAUGCGGAUAACAUGCUGCACAAUGUCGUCGGCUAUGCAACGAAAGUCGGUCGCGCAAUCCCCAACCGCUGGGAAGGAGGAGUGGACGUCCUCGCCGACAUCAUCGACCUCCUCAUGUCCAACAUUGCAAACGAGCAUGAGGAUCUCAUGACUGAUCCCGCGGAUUUCCGGGUGCACCCCGAUCCUCCUAUGCACGACCGCCCAGGUCUCCGCGGCGAGAUCCGCAUCAUCGAAGAGUAGAUCCGGAUGGAGGCGUUGGCGGCAAACCGUUGG